AUGUCUGAUAUUCCUCAGAUUAAUAUCAUAACUAAUGAUUGUGUAAGCAUAAAUCAAAUGAAAAGAGAGAAAUUUAGAAUGGACAUUAGAAAACAUAAAUUAGAAAGUCUCUUUAGAUAAAAUAGAGGAAUUCAUAAAUUAGGUGAUUCAAAACUUCCAUCUAAUUUAAAUAUCUUAGAUUCUUUAUAAGAAUUUUUAAAAUCUGAUACAUUAGAAACAUUGAAUUAAUUUUGUAAUCUGAUUGAUUCAAAAGAUUUAUUUGAAGCAUACUAUGAAGUGUCUCAAUUCAUUAUUGAUAUUAAAUAUUAUCUCAUUUAACCUUUGAAUCAUCAAUCACAUUUUGAUAAAAUGUUGUAAUUAUUGAAAAAUUGUAUUAUUGUCAAUCCAAAAAUUGUUAAAAUAAUCCUAUCAGAUGAGAAAGAUAAAAUUGAUCUUGCCUUAUUUUUUUAAUUAAUGAAAAUUUUAUAAUCAACAGAAUGGAAAUCCUUACAUGUUGAUGCUUUAAAUACUUUGAAUAUAUUAAUAGAACAAGAAAGUUAACUUUUAGAUAUAAUAUAAUAAGAAAAAUUAUUAUUAGAAUAAAUUAUUUAUUAAGCAUUUGAUUUACCUUCAGAUGAUUAUUUAUUGGCACUUACAGAAUUUUUAUCUUUAUAUUUGUAAUCAAAAAGAGAAUUAAAAUUUUUAGAUUAAUAUAAUAUUACUUAAGAUAUAUUAAAUAGAGCAAUUUAAACAAAAGAUUUAUAAAUUAUUUAUGGUUCAGUUCUUUUAGCUAAUUGUUUAAGUGAAUAAGAAUUUACAUUUUUUUAGUAAAUAUAUGCUAUAUCUGAUAUUAUUGUUGAUUAUCUAGAGUAAGACCUUUCUUAAUUUGAGUAUAUUGUCAUUUUUAAGGUAAAUAAUUUUAAUAUUUUAAACAGACUCUUAGAAUUUGUAUUAAAAAAAUGUCUGAAUUGUUAUUUCCACUAAUUGGUAAGAAUAAUAUUAUGGAAAUUCUUUAUAAUUUGGCUUUUAAAUUAGAAAAAUAAGCAGGAAAAGAUUUAUUAAAAUUGAUUUCUUGUUAUUAUAAAACAUAUACUAAUUUACAUUGUUUAAUUGAAGAUUAAAUAUUAAAUAAAUAUGUUUAAAAAUGUCUAUUAGAAUAUUUAGAUAAAUUUGUGGAUUUUUAUGCAUAAUCAAACUUUGCAUUUCUUUAUAAAAUAAAGGUUUUAGAUAAACUAAUAAAUUGUUAAAAGCAUAUCCAAUUUAGACUUUAAGAAUAAUUAUAAUUUAAUCCUGAUCCUUAUAUAGUAAUACAAUAUAUAAUAAUCAUUAGAAAUUCUUUGGAGUGGUUGAAUAAGCUUUGGAUUAAGUGAAUAUUAAGGUGGAAUAAAUAUUAUAUCUUAUAGAAUCUCUCUCCAACGUAUUGUAAAUAGAAGAUAUGCAUUAUUAAACAGAAGUACUUAAAUUGAUUCCAAAUUAAUUAUAUGAUUAAUUAAAUAAUUUAAGUAUGCAUGAAAAUGAAAGAGUGGCUCAAGAAACUACUAAUUUAAUAGUAUUAUUGCAAUUUUGUUGA